AAUGUCCGACUCCCCGCAGAGCUGCAAAAAGCCGCGAACUCGGAAAGAAACUAUUCAAAAGCGAGAAACACGAAGUAAGCAUGAAAAACGACGAAGGGAAGAGAUGAAUGAAGUGAUUUGUGAAAUGUCGACACUUUUGCCCGAAGAUAUUCGGGCUCAUAAGCUGCGAAGAGUGGAUCAGAAGCCUCGUCAGCUGGACAAAUGCUUUAUCAUUGGGAGUACUGUUGAUAUUAUUCGGAAUAGUGAUUAUAAACCACCGCUGCUCUCCGACCCGCUCGUCCAGGAUAUUUUCAGCCUGACCAACUGUUUUAUGGUUUUUCUGAACAAUUUUAUUGUCGUGGAUAUUAAGGGAGACCAUCAGGCAGUUUUUGAUAUUGAAAAAAAACGUAUGAUUGGAAAAGAUAUCCGAUGUUUUCUGGACUACGAUUCAACGUCCAAACUGUCAUUUCUCACUUCCAAAGAAAUGCUCAAUGAGCUCCAACUCAAAAGCUUCAUGGCGAAGUCAAUGACGUGCAGAAUAAAGGAAUCGGCGGAGAAACCCACGGAAACAGUUUUAGUCUGUGUGCCUGAUGAGCUUCCAGCUCUCCCGGUUACUGUACCCAAGGCUCCGCCCAUUUUAGCUUCGCCCCUUCAGAAGACACCGCCCCCGCCGUCGAGUUUGGAGGUGAAAAGCCCGAUUUUGGCGGCACUUUUGAGGCGAAAAGAGGAUAAUUGUGUGAAAGUGAGCUCCCCAAGCUCCUUCCUCUCGCCGGGCUCCUCCACCUCGUCUACAGUACCCAAUGUGAAACCUACAGUAACCCGCCGACCUACAGUACCCACAAAACGGAAGAGACUACGAUCGAUGAAUGUUAUAGUGGAAAGUUAUCCGUUGGAUGAUGAGAAGUCGGAUGGAAAUUCACAAAAAUCGGCGAAAAUUGGGAAAAAGAGCCAAACUAGCACUAUUCCAACUCCGAGAAGCACUUUGAGCCCAACUACAGUAAUCCAUCCGUCCACGUCACUAAUUCAACCGAUUCCGACACUUGGAAUGAACCCAUUUGACAUGUUAUCACCUGGUUAUCAAGAUAUUUGGCUCCGACUACAAAGUGAGCGACUUCUGCUGGAAAAACGAAUUUCAGCGAAAGAAGGGGAGCUGAAAAACCUGAUGCAAUUCGUUCAAAACCCCCCGUUUUUGAAUUUCCCCCAAUAUAUGCUCCCGCAAGGGCCACUUGGUGCUCAAAAUCAAUAGUUAUGGGUUUAAAUGAAUAAAAUAAAUAUUUAU